UCCAAUUUUAUAAGUUACAAGCCAGAUCAUAGAAACAAACUUGAAAUUUUGGAGAAAAUGUUGAAUUUAAAAAACAAUUUAGUACUAUUAUUAAUUAUACAAAGAGCAGAGCUGAGGUAUGAAGUUGCGUUACACCUACUCUUUAUUAGCUUUAUUCUUGUGUUGCCCCCACACUCCGACAUUAGCUUUUCCCAAUCUUCCCCUUUGAUUCACUUUCCUCCGCUGUCUUUUUCCAUUCUACUUCAUUGCUCAAAAUUUCUCCAAAUUUCUCUGCAUCACCUUCUUCAAUGGCGUAGAUACCUCACCGAUUUGAGCUUCAUCAGCUCUCUUUUUAGUUUCCUUUCAUCCUUGAUGAUUAUGGCGCCAACUGCCGGAUCUUUCUCCACUAAAUUUCUUGCUCUUUUACUCCUUAUUGUCCAUGUCGGCUGCUUCCUUCUAACCUCCGCCGAUCACCGCCGCCGCCACCGGAACCAGCCCUCCAAGAAGCGCAGAGUCUCCCCUG